CGGACACAUUAAAACACAGAAAAAUGACACCGAUGACGGCGGAUCAAGUGGAGAGAGCGGAGAAAGAGGUAAUGAGAUACGCAACAAAGGGAAUCCACUACUACAACGACGAGGAGCUGGAUUUGUUACGGCAAAGAGCGCCGGCGUACUUUGACGCGAGGGUUGACGUUCAGCAGUCAGUGGCGGCAAACGGAGACAGGUCAACGAGAGCACAGCAGUUGCUGCUGCGCUUAUCUCAAAAUGCCGACGUGCAUGACGACCACAUCAUGACGGAGUGCUCUGCGAACACUCUUCAUGGAGUUGUGGACUGGAUGUGCAACGAUCAAGACAUCGACAUGACGAAAAGAGAGGGAGGAGGGGGUGGUGAAGAAUUGAAGCCGAAUGCUGCGGAGAUAUUGGCGCUGAGCAGGAUGAACGAGAAGGCACAAAGAGAUCCUGUCGACUACCAUGAACUGGCGACAAUGGUGGUGGACGGUGUCGAGUAUGUGCUACUUGACCAGAUUGUGGACUUCAUGAAGAGUGGAGGCGAGGACAAGAACCUCAUUCACGAGGCAUUGCAUGAGGUGACGGAGGACGCAAUAGCAGCAGCGGAGGUUGUCGAUGUCGAGUGCGUAAAGGAUCGCACACUCGACCUUCUAUCGGGAGAUCCUGUGCCCCGAGGGAACAUAUUCGAGGCUGUAGAGGAGCUCACCGCGGCAUUGACGGACGUGGACAGGAGGAGGAAGAGAAAGCAAGGAUGGGAAAUCGUUGUCCGAGAACACAAUAGCGAAAGGACACACACAAGAGACAUAACAGUGCAGGAUGUAGGUGGCGCAGUAUCUCUCCUGGAUGUGACGACCGUGUUGAAGAAUCCUGCUACGGAUGCCCGGACUGUCCAUGGCGGAUUCAGAGAGUGGAGAUUGGCACCCAUACAUCCUUCAUGUGACUUCAACGAAGGGGGUGAACAACCGUCUCGGUAGGGAGAUGACGCGGUGGUUCGUUCUGAUGACAAGGGCGAUGCGCAGACACGACCGCAUCAAGAGAACCC